AUGCAUUUCGUUCCCGCCAUCACGUUCCUCGCUGCCAUUGGCACAGUCAUCGCUGUCCCAACUGGUGGAAGCGAGUCCCAGUGUACUACAGAUCAGGCCAAUAAAUGUUGCACCAGUCUCACCAAUGGAAUCCUGAACAUUAACAUUCUGCCUGCGCUGUGUGUUCCUCUACUCGAUACGUGCAACAACCAGGCGGCAUGCUGUGAGAGCAAUGGAAUUGGUCUUCUGAACUGCCUGACAGUGCAGAUUUAA